CUGUGACCGACCAAAGUGAAGGUGUUUGGACAAUUCAGUUUUACAAAGCUUGUUGGAAAUUAAGCAGCUAACUUUUUGGUGUGCAAUUGAAUGAUAUUUAUAACUGGUAGUUAAAGAUGUCUCGCGCCCAAGCAGAAAGUGUCAUCAAAAAUAUUAUUCGUGAAGUUGCUCAGAGAUGUGCGGAAAAAGGACAUAACGUGUCGGAAACAUUAGUGGCAUUUAUGGUAAAAGCUGUUGUUUUGGACCCAAGAAAUCAAUUCAACGUAGAUCGGACUCUUACAAACAACGAUGUUAUGAAGCUAAUCGAGCUGUGCGUGGACCGCCUCGUGGAUGAGCGAAGUCCUGCCCUUGACACGAUCAAAAUGCAGGUGUAUUUUGACAUGAAUUACACAUCACGACGUGAGAUCCUGGAGGAACACCAGCGUAUGCUGCCAUCCAGGCUGCUUGCAGUGGGCCGUGAGAUCACAGACAGCCGAGCCAGGUCUCGGGAGGAGCUGGAGACCCUUUACCGGAAGAUCGUCCAGUACAUGGUGCUCCGCUCCGGAGUGGGGUCCCCCACUGACGUGAACACCGUGCGAGAGGUUACUGCUGCCCUACAGAGCGUGUUCCCCCAGACAGAGCUGGGCACCUUCAUGUCCCUUAUCAAGAAGGACAAGGAGCAGCAGCUGAACGAGCUCAGCAUGAUUGUGCUGGGAAUCCGCCUCUUCAACAAGAGCAUCGGGAAAGGAGGGGAAGGCAUCGAUGACUUGCCAGCAGUCUUGAGCGAGGUCAUUUCCGCCACCCGCAGUCACAUGGAGUCUGAGGUGAAGGCAACGCGUAGCUUAGCCGCGCAGUACACGGCCCUGCUGGAGUGGCUGUACGACCCCGAGGUCGGGCCCAGUGACUUCUUCAUCCCGCAGCACCUGCUGAGCCAGGCCCUGUGCAACGUGAGGCAGCACGAGGCCCUCCUCAACAUCGUCCUGGCAGAUGUGGCCCUCUGCUCCAAGCAGCUGGAUUCGCUGCAGACCGAACUGCAAAAGCACAUGAAGGAGCUACGGGACAUAGUGCAGUAUAAGAGGAUAAUUCCCACAGCCCAGGUUUUUCCCUAUUUCACAACUCUGGCAAAGCUGUGGGCGGGGCUUCAGAACGAGAUGGUUCUGCUGAGUGUGUUUGGUAAGCUGGUCGAAAAUCUGAGGACUUUUCUGGCCGCCCAGGGCAGGCUGGUGCCCAGGGAUCAGUUUGAAGUCCUGCUCGAGGACCUGGUGGUGAAGAGCGAUGAGCAGAGAAUGAAGGACUCCUCAGAAAAUCGCAUUAAUCCCCUUGAGUUUGAAGGUCAAGAGUGGCUCUUCCCUGAAACCACAGCCAACUUUGACCAGCUGCCUCUUCAGUUCAAGGGAAUGUGUGGUUACACACUCGCAGACAAGCGUGGCUUCCUCCUACCAGGUAAUCCGAGUAUCGGAGUGCUGAAGCACAGAGAGAAGUACUACAUCUUCAGCUCUAAGGAGGCAGCGCGUGAAUUCUCCUCCAGCCCAGAUGAGUACAUCGCACAAGUGGCGGAGGUUGCCAGGCAGUCCCCAGAGCUUAUCCACCUGCUUGAGCUCCAUCAGCAGUUUGCUUCUGUCACCCCGUACCCCGAGGUGCAGGUAGGGGAGAGGCUGCUGGUGAAGCCAAUAAUAAAAUCUGACAGCACCACACAGACGGACACACACUUGGUGGAGACAAACAUUUUGAAGUCAUACGAGUGGAACGAAUGGGAACUGAGAAGGAAAGCAAUCAAACUGGCUAAUCUACGCAAGAAAGUGACUCACUCAAUGCAGACUGAUCUCAGCCACAUGAGGAGGGAUAAUGUCACUCAGACUUACCCGCCCAAGGAUGUGGCCUGUCAGAGCAAGACUGAUGAUGGGACCAACGUCCCAAAACCAGAGGUGUACCUGGCAGGCCUUCGUGGGGAAGAAUCAAACACCAAACAGAUGGUCAAAGUAAACCUAACGAGAGCAGUUGAUGAAUCAUAA